GAUGAGGAAGCCCUUGAUACAGAAGACAAGGAAGAGGAAGCGGAAGGAGCUCCAGCUGAAGACCCUGCAGUGGAGGAGAAGAUGAUGGAGGAGCAAGCUCCAGCAGAGGAAGAAAAGGAAGAAGAAGCUCCUGGAGCAGCAGAAGAGGAAGCUCUUGCCUCUCAGGAGAAAGGAGAAGGUGCUGAAGAUAAGGAAGAAGUGGAUGGUCCAACAAAUGAAGACACAGCUCCUCCCGCUGAAGAACAGCAAGUCCCUGAAGAGGAGGAGAAGACAGAGGAGCAAUCUCCUGCAGUGGAGGAGAAAGAGGAGGGAGCUGAUGGUGAAGAAGGGAUCAUGAAAGAUUCUCUGGUGGUGGAGAGGCCGACCCUCCGAAAACAGUUCAGGAAGGCCAUCAUGAAGAGGCUCCGGAGAGUUUGGGUAAUCAUUCCACCCAAAGACUCGCCGCCUGCUGCUGCUGCUGCUGCCGCCGACCCAACACCAUGGCCUAAAUCCAAAGAAAUCCUAAAUGAUCCAGGGUGUAAAACCGACUGCCGUUUCUAG